GUCAUUGGCUCCCUGCGGUUUCCUUGGGGACGUGGCGCCGCCGGCGGCCCGGGCCUUCUUCCGGCUGGGCUAGAGGCCGCUGGGGAGCCGCUCUGGAGCGAGCACGGAGGUGCUGAGGGAGCCGGCGAGCGGCUCGACCCGGCUGCAGAUUUAGGAGAUGCCUGGGACACGGAGACCAUCUGCUCAAGGCAAAAGGAAAAGGAGGUGACAGGUGUUGAGACCACUUAAGGGAACCCAUGGCUAGGAUCAGUUUUUCCUACCUCUGCCCAGCCUCCUGGUAUUUCACUGUGCCCACUGUGAGCCCAUUUCCCCGGCAGCGAGUAGCCUUUCUAGGACUCUUCUUUAUCUCUUGUCUCCUUUUACUGAUGUUAAUCAUGGACUUUCGACAUUGGGGUGCUCCAUCACCACGAGAUAGGCAGUACGAAAGGUAUUUGGCUCGAGUAGGGGAUCUUGAAGCUACUGACACCGAAGACCCAAAUCUCAGUUACGGACUUGUUGUAGAUUGUGGCAGCAGUGGCUCCCGGAUUUUUGUUUAUUUCUGGCCAAGACAUAAUGGCAACCCCCAUGACUUGCUGGACAUCAAGCAGAUGAGAGACCGCAACAGCCAACCAGUGGUUAAAAAAAUCAAACCAGGAAUCUCGGCAAUGGCAGACACUCCAGAACAUGCCAGCGAUUACCUCCGUCCUCUGCUGAGCUUUGCUGCUGCUUAUGUGCCCGUGAAGAAGCACAAGGAGACCCCACUUUACAUACUUUGCACCGCGGGCAUGAGGCUUCUCCCCGAGAGGAAGCAGCUGGCUAUCUUGACUGAUUUAGUGAAAGAUUUACCCCUGGAGUUUGACUUCCUCUUUUCUCAGUCUCAGGCAGAAGUGAUCUCUGGGAAGCAGGAAGGGGUUUAUGCAUGGAUUGGAAUCAACUUUGUUUUGGGAAGAUUUGACCAUGAGGAUGAACCAGAUGCUGAAGCUCCCCCAGAAUUGGCAUCAGGACGCAGAAGGACAGUGGGGAUCCUGGAUAUGGGAGGAGCCUCUCUCCAAAUUGCUUACGAAGUUCCUACCUCAACCACUGUCCUUCCUCCGAAGCAGGAAGAAGCUGCGAAGAUCUUGCUGGCUGAGUUCAACCUGGGCUGUGAUGCACAGCACACUGAACAUGUGUACAGGGUUUAUGUCACCACCUUCCUGGGCUUCGGAGGCAACUAUGCCCGGCAGCGCUACGAGAACCUUGUGCUCAACGAAACUCUUAGCAAGAACAGGCUGCUGGGCCACAAGACCGGUCUGAGUCCUGACAACCCAUUCCUGGAUCCCUGCCUGCCCGUGGGGCUCACCGACGUGGUGCAGAGGAACGACCAGAUCCUGCACAUCCGAGGGAAGGGGGACUGGGCCACCUGUGGGGCGAUGCUGAGCCCCCUGCUGGCUCGCCCCAACACCAGCCAGGCCUCCAUGAAUGGCAUCUACCAGUCGCCCAUCGACUUCAACAACAGCGAGUUCUACGGUUUCUCGGAGUUUUUUUACUGCACGGAGGACGUGCUGCGCAUCGGUGGCCGCUACCACGGGCCAACGUUUGCCAAGGCCGCUCAGGAUUACUGCAGCAUGGCUUGGUCAGUGCUAACGCAGAGAUUCAAGAACGGCCUCUUCUCAUCGCAUGCGGAUGAGCAUCGGCUCAAGUAUCAGUGUUUUAAAUCGGCUUGGAUGUACCAAGUCCUUCAUGAAGGCUUCCACUUUCCCUACGACUACCCAAACCUGCAGACGGCCCAGCUGGUGUAUGACCGGGAGGUCCAGUGGACACUGGGAGCCAUUCUGUAUAAAACACGGUUCUUGCCACUCAGGGAUCUACGUCAGGAGGGAGUCCGACAGGCCCAUGGUAGCUGGCCCCGUCUCUCCUUUGUCCACAACCACUAUCUCUUCUUCGUCUGCAUCCUGGUGGUGCUACUGGCCAUUGUCUUGUACCUCUUGCGGCUCCGCCGAAUUCACCGCCGGCAAGCUCGAGCCUCAGCUCCACUGGACUUGAUGUGGAUCGAAGAGGUGGUGCCCAUGAUCGGGGGCCAGGUGGGGCCAUGAGCACAGACGAGGACUAAGAAGGCCUGAGCGCCCCGGAGUUGCUGCUUGUUGAUUCCCCUCACUCUCUUGGCUCAGAUGCUGCUUUGCCUGACCUUGUGGACAUUUGGCUUUGGAAUUUCUACUUUACUAUCUCCUUUAAUUCCUUCUCAAUUUCCAAGUUCUCUUCUCUGAGAGAAGCUAUAAUUUAAUCUGUGGAGAACUAAAUGAGAGAUUGGUGCUAACAAAGGGGACCAACCUCAGCUCAACAGAAGCAUGCUUUUGGAAUUGAAGAAAUCCUUUAUCAGAGGGGUCUGAUGUAUCCCUGGGAUGUAGACCUCCCCUCCCCGCCUUGCUAAAGCAUCAAGUUUGGCUUUGGGCACACUGGCAGCGUGGUUGAAACCAAACUUGGGACAUCUGAUACAAAGCUCAAGGCAUUCUAGCAAGUGCAGCAGUCCCUGUUUCUCUGUAACAGAGAGAUCAUUUAUGUGGAGAUCCACAGCCUUUAAUAGGGAUCCAAGAUCUGUGAAGUUCAGUGAAAGACACGAAUUUCCAGGCAACCAAAAUAAUACAGCUCCUUUACUUACGUGACAAAGAAGCCAUCAGUGUGGUCCACGCUCCUGGCCCAAUGUUGGCGACGGUAGUGAGUGGUUUUCAAAGGUUAGUACCCUGCCAGGUGAACGGCACAUUGCAGAUUGUGACAGUGUCUUAUCUGAUGCCUAGUUUGACUAGGAGAGAAAUAUUUUCCGUUUCUAUGUGCCUCAAAUGGCUGUUUGGGCAUUAAUUUUUCUUUUUGAGCCUUAACUGUGCUUGUAAGAUGGAAGGGGAUUAGAGACCUGGAUUUGUCUGGUUUUACGUCUCUGUCCUCUAGGGCUAUUUUUAUGAAUCCGUGUAAAGGAAGAGUCAAAGAGCUCCUUUAUUUUACUGCUACAAUCCAUAUGUAGUUUAGGGAGGGAUGUAUUUGGGUUGUUUUUAAAGAAGGGAAGAACAGUAUUGGAGAGUGGACAAGGCAAUAAAAUCCAAGCUCUUACUUAUUUUCUGAAGAAUGGGUUUUUUUAAAUUAGACAUUUAGGGUGUCUGAAAAGCAAGUUCUGAAGCUUGGGAUAAAAAGAGAAAUCUGUUGAUAAGGCAACUGGCAACUUUUAGAACUUUUGCCAAGAGACAGCUAGUUGCAGUCAGCAUUUCCAUUGGAGGUGAGAGAGCCGGUGGUCACACCUCCACCCACCAGGCUGCACAGGCUCUCCUCCUCGGCCCUCCGCCUGCAUGUUGACGCGCAUUUCUCUUCCAUAAAACUGCUGCACCCCCCCCCCCCCCCCCCGAGUCUAGAACAGUCUUCUCAAGAAUAUGCCCCAGUAGCAAUCUUUUUCUUUCUGUUGACUUUGAAUUCUUAGAUGAGUAUGGUGAAAGGUCCCGGAGUUUAAGGGGAAAAAAGUGAAAUAAAAAGCACACCCUACUGGGAGCAGAAAGAAAUUACAUGCUUCGUAAAAGAGAGUAAAAGAAAUCAAAAGCCUUCUAGAAGUAAAAUGAGAUAAAAAUAAGUGUACUGACUUGUGGUUGGUAGUGGAGAAGGCAAAAAAUCUUGAAUUGUUUUCAAAUUAGAGAAAAAUGGAUCUUGCAAAGUUUUAUAGUCCUUAUGGAAAUGUUUUAUUUUACUUUCCAUUGGAACUUACGUCACAGCAAUUUCUUUCAAUUUUUAAGACUUCUAAAUUGCAUUGAUUUUCUGUGACUGGUUUUGGUCACAUGAACAAGGCCUCCUCACAAACGCUGCUUAAAAAUAACAUCAGAACCCACGGGGAUUACAACUGAGAUGGAAAAAUGUACAAAGUGAUGUAAAAAUAAACUUAUAUUAUUAAAAAAAAUAAAAUAACAUCACAAUGUUUUUGCCUGUCCUGUCAGGUCAUCUUCCUUAUCCCCUUGCCUUGGCUUCCCAAUACCACUUUUGGUAUUCUUGAUUUAGUCAAUGAUCUAUUCAAAAGCUUCCUAAUUGGCUAGAGUUAUCAUGUUCAUAGCGCUGCAAAUGAAGUUGACAUGGGGCUGAGGGUAACUGGUCCAACUUGAAAACUUACUAGCAAAGUCAUUCUUCACCUUCGUUCUACAGUAAUAGCUACCACUUGUUAAAUGUCUGUUUUGUGUCACUGUUAAGAUUUUUGUGUAUUAUGUAAUCAUUAUGAUAAUCAUUAUGACAGCCUUUUCAAGAUUGUGUUUUUAUUGCUGAGAAAACUCAGGAUACCCAUGUUUUUCAAUAUAAAUGUAUCCCUUUUAAUUUAUUUUAAUUUGUGUUUUUGUGUUCUAUGUUUUUUAUUAUUUUAAUAUUAUAGGACCUAGCCUUGUUUUUGUUAUCAUGAGUUAAGACUUCUCAGAAUUCUGUGUAUAAAAGUUGGAAAAAAUUUUAUUUUGCUCCUUGGAAAAACUUGACUAUAUGCUCUUGGUUCUUUCACUGCUCCCAAUUAAUAAAUUUUAAAUGAA